AUGACUACUACUCAAGAAAAUAAAUGUCCUAUUUGUUUAAAAUUAUUCAAUGAUCCAAGACGGAUGCCUUGUAAUCAUAUAUAUUGUUUUAAAUGUAUACCAAAAUUACGUCGUCGUGAUCUUGAUACUAAAGAUCAUAUUGUAUUUGUAUGUCGUAUUUGUGAAAUGCAACAUGGAUUUAAUGAUUGGUCAACAUUGAAAUAUUAUGUUACAUUACAUUGUGUACCAUAUGUAACUGCUUUACAGUUUGAUAAACCAUCGACAUCAUCUGCUAAAUCUUUAUGUUCUACUUGUUUUAACAUGAUUAGUAGAGAUUCAAAUAUUGAUCAACUUGAAUUCUGUAUUCAUUGUAAUAAGAAAGUAUGCAGUGAAUGUCUUAUUGAUCAUCGUAUGGAAUUGAAGAAGAGUAUUCUUCAUAUUAUUAAUCAAUAUCGUUUUCUCAUGAGAAAAAAUCAGCAACUUAUUCAACAGACAAAGAAUAAACUUGAAAAUAUGAAACUACAUAUUGAUUUAUGUGCUUUUGAUUUCAUCGAUCAGGUUUGUUAUAUUUUUAUAUUAAUCCUAUUAUGUAUGCAAAAUCAUUUUGACUAA